GGGCAAUAACUCUAGUACGGACUCAAAAGAAUAUUUUCAAAUCAAAAUAACUUAUUUAGCAUCUACAAAAGACAACACGGUUUGCUUGAAUUUUAUGUUGUUUGGUGGCACAGGUAACCCAAGCAAUUCGUAUUUUAUGUUGCGUUCAAAAGCUGUGGUUUCAAGGUGACGACCACACCAAAGCCAACAGAAUCUGUUCGAGAAUAAAAUUCUUUUAUAUCACAUAUUUCCAUCCAUUUCUUUCUAAGUUCUUGAUCUCUUGGCAGCCGAUGAAACCGUAUAUUACUGUUUCCUCUCACAUAAAUUGAUCGACAACCGCGCACAAGACAAAUAGUUGGCACACUGAAAGAAAACACACUUUAGCUAAGCUUCCCAUUGAGUGAGUGAGGAGCUCAGGUCAGGAGGCUGGUGCGCGCGAGACUGACCUCUCUUCCAUGCCCGGAACCCUCAGUCAUAUUUCACGUGACGUCAUGCGCAGAAGAGACAAAUUUAGGUACCUCGUCCCCCCCUGGUGAACCUGCCUUCCAUUCUCUUUACCUUGGCUGGGAUUACGUUAGGUAGGCCAUGAGUGGAUAAGAGAACCCUCAAAGAAAACAGGUAUGUGUGUGUGUGUGUGUGUGUGUGUGUGUGUGUGUGUGUGUGUGUGUGUGUGUGUGUGUGUGUGUGUGUGUGUGUGUGUGUGUGUGUGUGUGUGUGUGUGUGUGUGUGUGUGUGUGUGUGUGUGUGUGUGUGUGUGUGUGUGUGUGUGUGUGUGUGUGUGUGUGUGUGUGUGUGUGUGUGUGUGUGUGUGUGUGUGUGUGUGUGUGUGUGUGUGUGUUCGUGCGUGCGUGCGUGCGUGUGUGCGUGCGUGCGUGCGUGCGUGCGUGCGACAGCCAUCCAGAUCUAGACUCCCUCUUUUUCCGUCCUAACUCCAAGCUAAACCGAACUCAAUCAAACUACCCGUCGAAAACCGAGGUAUAGCCCUAAAUCUCCGUACUCAAACGGUAUGGUAAGGCAGAGCCAUGACUCCCCCACACACCACCCCCCUCCUCGUGCUGACGAGGGAACGCAUCGACACGCUGGUGGCCCAGCACAAGCAGGUGCUGGGGCGCGGCGCCUCGUGCACGGUGUACCUGGUGAAGGUCGGCGGCGCCCAGUGCUGCCUCAAGGUGGCAAGGGAGCAGCGCCUCGUCGCCAUGUUCCGCAGGGAGUUUGACAUCCUGCUGGACCUGGACGGCGCGGCGGGCGCCCCCAAGGCCUUGGGCACCAGCUUUGGGUUCCCCGCCAUGCUCACCACCUUCCGCGGCCAGAACACCUUCUGCGACCUGCACAACCUCGCUCAAAGCGACAAUGACAAACUGGCGGCCUUCGUGGCGCUGGCCCGGAACGUACAGCAGCUCCACGCCCGUGGCUACACUCACAACGACAUCAAACCCGACAACGUCGUGGUGCGCCAAGGCGCCGACGGCCAUCUGCAGGUGUCCCUCAUUGACUACGGCUUGGCCAAAACAUUCGGCACAGGACUCCGCAUCGCGCGCACGCACAAGCACCGCACGCCCUGGAUGGCCCCGGAGCUGCUUCGAGGCGUGCCCUGCUCGCCCCCCGUGGACGUGUUCUCUCUAGGAUACGUCCUGAGGCGCAUCCUGGACACGUGCCACACGCGCUACCCCGGCCUGGAGGUGCUGGCCGACAGGGCCAUGGCAGCAGACCCAGCACAGCGGCCCUCGGCGGCCCAGAUCAUCAAGACAGUCAAAAUGUACGCGGGCGAGACGUCCAGGAAGGAGGCCUUUGUCCGGCGUGUUCGCAAGGCAUUCUCCUGCCUCUUCCCGCGCCGCCGCCAUUACUAAGGAGGAAGACAAGUCAAGAUUUAUUUUCCGAGAGGAUGAAUUGUUUCACCUGUCCAGUUCUUUCUUUUGGAGUCAAUUACUCAACACCCAUCAAGGGCUGAGGAAGAC